CUCUGCUUCAAAUAAUAUCCAUACUGUUCACAUUUCUUCGUUUUUCCCUCUUUCCUCCUUCCCUUUCUCUUUCUUUAUCUCUCUUUCUCUCAUACACCCAUCGAGAGCCAUGAAGUCAGAGGUCGAUGGGAUAGACAUGUCCCCCACUACUUUUGCUGCUGGCAAUACUUCCGAUGCUGUACACACCAAAGAUUUAGGGGCCUCCGGAGCUACACCAACAACCAUUCCUUCUAAUCCCUCCCCUCACAAGAAUCGUCUUUUCCACAUCUUCAUUGUCGAUUACAAUAUCAGCUACCUCAACUUUAUUUCCUAUCUUAUCGCAUGUUUUGCUACAAUUUGCUUGGUUGCCUACCUAGGUAUUAUCCAGCCUUUUGUCCUUACUAUGAUCCUUAAUAUCCAGGAGAACAAAGGCAACAUCACAGGUUCUCUCGCCCUGUAUGAUGAAAUCAUUGCCAUCCCAGCCACUCUAUUCUGGGGCGUCUUCUCAGAUCGAAUCGGUCGUCGUCCAAUCUACAGUGUUGGCUUUAUCUGUCUCGGAACCGCACUGAUUCUUUACCCUUACGUCAAGAAUGUUUACCCACACAUGCUCCUCUGUCGGUUGCUCUUCUCCCUCGGCUCCUCUGCUUGUACAUGUAUGAUGACUGGAACAUUGGGCGAUAUCGCAGGUUCUCAACAUGAACGUGGACGUGUUAGCGCCAUUGUUGGUUUGUUCUCUGGUUUGGGUGGGUUGGUCGCAGGCUUGGUCUUGGUCAAACUUCCAUGGCAGCUUGGGGAGCUCGCUAAAGAUGAGGUUCAAGGACUUCGUUUGUCUUUUACGAUCGUUGGAGGCUGCUCAUUGGCUUUGGCUCUCAUCUUUUUCGUCACCAUGCCCACAGUUGGUCGAGGGGCUGCAGAUGGUUUGACCAGAUGGAUUAAAAAUCACCUUUCACGUAAAAAGUCAGCAGAGGAUUCGAAGGAUUCUGCCGAUGAAGAAACGAUCCAUCCAUUGCGUAUGUUGGCCUAUGGCUUUCUUGCUGGUCGUGACCCACGAGUGGCUCUCGCUUAUGUUUCUAGUUUCGUUUCGAGAGCCGACACAGUCCUGUUCACGUCCUUUAUCAGUCUCUGGGUAAUCCAACAUUUUAUUGAAGAAGGACUCUGCAAUCCUGAGAAUCGAACCUCUUGCGAGGCGGCAUCAAGAGGCACCCAUACCUUGACAGGAAUCGGUCAAGGCAUCUCACUAAUAUCUGCACCCAUCUUUGGGUACGCCAGCGAGCGUUUUAAGAAAUCAACCGUUCUUGCAGUUGCGGGUUUCUUGGGUGCUAUUGGGUCCUUACCCUUCGCCUUCACCACUAAACCGCCGACAGACAAAUCCAACUUUGUAUUCGUCUCCUUUCUCGGCGCUGGCCAGAUUGGUAUGAUCAUCACGGGGAUGACACUCGUCAACGGGCUUCACGUUGAUACUAAAUACCGGGGCAGUGUUGCAGGUGUAUUUAGUUUCUCUGGUGCAAUCUCAAUCAUGGCCAUGGCUCGCCUGGGGGGUUACCUUUUUGAUGUAUGGAUUUAUGGAGCUCCCUUUGUCCUGAUGGGUAUUGCCCAUUUGGUCGUUGCAGUACUUAGUAUCUACGUUCGCAUCGUAACGCCCAGGUUAGAGCGGGAGGAUCAAGCAAGGUUUCAAGCCAAACAGGAAAAUGUGAUGAGAUUGGAAAGUGAUCAAGUUAAAACAUCAUAA